GCUCGAACACCAUCGUCCCUCAGUUGAUGUGCUGUUUUUAGGGCUACUAUUUACAAAAUGUCAAAAAAUUUGAAAAACAUCCUGGAGGAAUGGAAAGGUCUGGAAGAAGAGUAUCAGCAACUUCAGGAGACACACAGAAUGUAUUUAAAGAAACUGGAUGAACUUUCCAAACUGCAAAACAGCUGCUCUUCCUCUAUCUCCCAUCAGAGGAAAAGACUGAAUGAGAUAUCCCAACUGGUGAAAAAAUCCAGCAAAGGACCAUCAGAAGAAGAUGCCAAGAUUCUGGAUGAAAUGAAAGAGAAAAUCAAGAACCGACCAAAUGCUUUCUUUCAGAUGGAGGCUUUUCUUCCCAAGAAAAACGGACUUUACCUCAGUCUGGUUCUUGGAAAUGUGAAUGUCACGCUUUUCAACAAGCAGUCAAAAUUUGCUUACAAAGAUGAAUACGAGAAGUUCAAGCUGUACCUCACAGUCAUUCUGCUGCUGUUCUCCUUCAUUUCCUAUUUCUUUGUGAGCUACAGAUUUUCCGACGUAAUCCUCAAUUUUCUGCUGGUGUGGUACUAUUGUACCUUAACUAUCAGGGAGAGCAUCCUCAUCACCAAUGGCUCCAGAAUCAAAGGUUGGUGGGUUUUUCAUCACUACAUAUCAGCGGUUUUGUCUGGUGUAAUGCUGACUUGGCCAGAGGGAAACCUGUACCACAUAUUCAGGAACCAGUUCCUCGCCUACUCUCUGUAUCAAAGCUUCGUUCAGUGUCUGCAGUGCUAUUAUCAGAGCGGAUGUCUGUACAGACUGCGAGCCCUGGGAGAAAGACACAACAUGGAUCUGACUGUUGAGGGAUUUCAGUCCUGGAUGUGGAAAGGGCUGACGUUUCUUUUACCCUUCCUGUUUUUUGGUCAUUUCUGGCAGCUCUUCAACGGGCUGUCUCUGUUCAGAAUGGCUCAGCUCCCAGAGUGUAAAGAAUGGCAGGUUUCAGUGUGUGGGCUCUGCUUCCUUAUUCUCUUCACGGGAAACUUCUUCACCACUGUCGCAGUUGUUCGUCAGAAGCUAAAGAGCAGGAAUCAGAAGCCAAAGAGCCUGUGAUGCAGGAAAUGUAGCAACCAACAUAAAUGCUCAUGUUAUUAACACAGACUAGACUUAUUACAAGUGCAUUGCCUACAAUAUCCAGUGCAUAAAUUGUAUUUUGUAAAAUGACUAAUCACUCGCAGUUAAAUGUUCAGUUAUGACCCACAUCACUUACAUGUUCAGAGACAAGCAUCGCUCUCCAAUAAAGUCAUUAUUUUACAGAUUUUCUGCAAAUUUGUUUGUAGCCCUUAAUGUUA